AUGGGUUUCAAAUUAUGGGUCCAACUCUUCCUAUUACUUGCCUUCAUCGCGCCCCACUUGGCCUCCGCCCGUAAUCUUCAGGGUAGCCGCAAGGGCGACAACAGGAAAGGCAUCCAUGGCGUCAAGGCUUACCUUCAACGCUACGGCUACUACGUGACCCAAAACGAAACCAAUUCUCAAACAAAUGCAUUCGACGAGGCCUUGGAGGAAUCAAUUAAAUCAUACCAGAAAUUCUUCAAGCUUAACGUGAGCGGGGCUUUGGACAAGGAGACGCUGGAUCAAAUGGCGAAGCCUCGAUGUGGGGUGUCGGAUAAUUUCACGACGGCGGGUGGGAAGCUGGGUGGUUCUUAUUAUGCUUUCUUUCCAGGACGCCGCAUUUGGGCGCCUGAAAAGAGGCAUUUAACGUACGGAUUUAUCCACGAUUACCCAUCCAAGUAUGUGCCUCAAGUGAUGCGGGCUUUUGCCACAUGGGAAGCCAACACCCAUUUUACAUUCUCCCAAGCUGUGGGAGGCCAAACGGCUGACAUAGUUUUAAGCUUCGAGAGAAGGGAUCAUGGAGAUGGGCAUCCGUUCGAUGGACUUGGGGGAGCAUUGGCCCAUUGUUUUGGGCCUAUUGAUGGGAGAGUCCACUUUGACGCCCAGGAGAUUUGGGAUUGGGGUAUUCGUAUAUUACAGAAUGACUUGGAGUCCGUGGCAUUGCAUGAGAUUGGGCAUGCCCUUGGGCUUGGCCAUACCGACGUUCAAGAUGCCGUCAUGUGGCCUACCAUGAACUUUGGGUCCAGGAAGACUCGCUUGCAUGAUGAUGAUAUUAAUGGUAUUCAUGCUCUAUAUGGAAAUUAA